AUGUAUUGCGAUCAUUGUUUUACGGAAUUUUGCACCAAAACGACGCGGGAUCAGCUCUUUUCGCAUUGCUACCUGCCCUGUGAUGAACCUGUGGCGGUGGGGGUUUCAGGGGGUCCGCAUUCCCUCUUUCUUCUCCAUCAACUUGGCAUCCUGCGCAAGCAAGGUGAGCUCCGUCAAGGGGCAGGGGCGGUGAACUUCGAGCUGUUGCCAUUUCACCUACGGGAGGAUGAAUUGGUGCUCCCACCCCUUCCCUCUCGUCCUGUCGAAUCCCCUGUUCUCGCAUCCUCCGCGAAGGAUUCCGCGUCGGGUGGGGGGAAGGAAAAUGGAUUCGCAAGCGAGGGCGCCACCCGCAUCCAACGCGUUCGGGAGGUUCUUCAACGACAAUUCGAUCAUCUCGAAGCGCUGAUCAAAGGGUUGCAAGGGCGGUGGGAAUACGCGAACUGCCCACUCUUCGCGCCCGGGGAGGUGCGCGUGUUUUCGUAUUCCGACUUUUUACGCCCUCGGGAGCUUCAGGUGUUGCGUGGUUGUGUGCAUCAUCCGCGGCUUUCCCUCACGCAGCGCGAGGAGUUCUACGCGCGGCUUCGUCAGCGCGUCUUGUGCGCGGCGGCGCGGCGAUGCACGGGGGAGUGGCGGCUCGCCAAGGCCGCGAAAAACGCGGCGCCUUCCACCGAGGCCCCCCCCAACGGGGAUCGAUCUUCGUCGCGGGAAGCGCCGUGCGGGUUUCGCGAGGGAUCCGCGCCUUCGUGGGGGCAUUUCGCGGUCGGGGAUGGCGUCGCCCACUGCUGCAUCGCCGCGCUCAAAGCGAUGGUGCAAGGGGGUACGGGCGAGCACCUCGCGCAUCAGAGCGGACCGCGGGGUUAUAUCGCGGAUACCGUCAUUCUACGCCCGUUACGCGUCUUGUUGACGAAAGAAAUCAUCCUUUACAACCGUUUGCAUGGGAUCUUGUCGAGCUACACGCCCGCGUUGCGGACGGCCACCUCCCUUCCAUCCAUCCAUCGAGUUCUCGAGCAAUUCGUGCACGCCCUCGUCGCCAACUACUGGACGAGCGCUUUUAACGUGCUGAAUACCGUGAAAAAAAUCGCGGUCGGACCGCCGGCGGUGGCGGCCGUGAUGAAAGGCCUUUUGCCUUCUCCUGAGCAGGAAUCGGAGGCGAACGAAACCCCCACCGUAGGAUCCUCACCCAGUCAAAAAGGCAAAUCCAAGAAAAAGAAUAACACGCUCGGGCGCUCCGCGCAGCUCUACCACGCCCAGCUCCAGCGCACCGACCCCCCGAUUCAUCCCGUGCGGAAACUCGCCGUGGAGAAACACGGCGUGCGAUGCCGUGCGCGUGAGGAUCUUUCCGAUUCUUUAUUAUCCAAUGCGUCGGAUGUGGGUGGAAACGAGGGGGUCGGGGCGGCGUGCUUUGUCUGCGGAUGCCCGUUUUCCGCCACCCACGGCGCGGUUUUAACGGAGCGGGUGUUCUCUGACGUUCUUUCCGAGGAACCCCUGCCGUGUGAGGAGAUGGCGUCUGAGUAUUACGUCUGUUACGGAUGCCAUGGCUGUUUAGAAGAUGUGUUGGUAUUGAAAACCGGAUCUUCUAAGUCGUCGCCCACGAAAAUGAGGGGGUCGGGGGAAACCAAUUCGGAGUAUAGCGCGGAGAAGUUGCUCGGCGUGCUUGCGGCCUUAUCCUCCGCGCCCUAA